AUGAUUCCGGAACUUGGCCAAUUCUGUUUAAUUCUUGCACUGUGCAUGGCGUUUGCUCAGGCUGCUUUGCCGAUAACAGGGACACUAUUGAGAGCGCCAUCGUUGCUCGCCAGUGCCAGAUACGCAGCCAGAGCACAGCUCUUGUUACUUCUGCUGUCUUUUUUCUGCCUGACUUAUGCAUUUAUUACUUAUGAUUUUUCCGUUGUAUAUGUCGCCCAGAACUCGAACACGGAACUGCCACUUAUAUAUCGAAUAUCAGCAGUCUGGGGUGCGCAUGAAGGUUCACUACUAUUGUGGGUGUUGAUGCUGGCUGGCUGGACCGCGGCACUGUCUUGGUUUAGUCGCGAGGUUCCGGCAGAUUUUCUAGCAAAGGUACUUGCAGUUCUCGGCGUAGUCAGCGUUGGUUUUCUGCUGUUUCUGAUAUUAACUUCAAAUCCGUUCAAUCGACUCAUUCCGGCCGUAGCCGACGGCAAGGAAUUGAAUCCAUUACUGCAGGAUUUCGGACUGGUGGUCCAUCCGCCAAUGCUGUACAUGGGUUAUGUCGGAUUUUCCGUUGCGUUUGCAUUUGCCGUGGCAGCAUUGAUCAGCGGGCGACUGGAUGCAGCCUGGGCGCGUUGGUCGAAACCCUGGACAAAUAUGGCUUGGAUUUUUUUGACUCUUGGGAUUGCACUCGGCAGUUGGUGGGCUUAUUACGAACUCGGCUGGGGCGGAUGGUGGUUCUGGGAUCCGGUGGAAAACGCCUCGUUCAUGCCGUGGUUGGUUGGUACUGCGCUGAUACAUUCUCUUUCAGCAACUGAAAAACGCGGUCUAUUUAAAUCGUGGACCGUAUUGCUUGCAAUGCUGGCCUUUUCACUGAGUUUAAUUGGUGCAUUUUUAGUGCGUUCUGGUGUGCUGACUUCCGUUCACACCUUUGCCAAUGAUCCAACCCGCGGUGUAUUUCUUCUUAUAUUGAUUUGUCUUGUGAUCGGCGGUUCACUUGCGAUUUAUGGAUAUAGAGCCCCCAGUAUUCGUUCAAGCGGGACCUUUUCCGUUGUUUCACGCGAAGCUGGCAUUCUCCUCAACAAUGUAUUUUUAGUGACUGCUGCUGCGACCAUUUUGCUGGGCACGCUGUACCCGCUUUUUCUGGAUGCUCUGGGACUCGGAAAAGUUUCAGUGGGUCCACCGUAUUUCAAUUCUGUAUUCAUCCCAUUGACGCUGCCGCUUGCCGCGCUCGCCGGAAUCGGUGCUUUGACGCGCUGGAAACGCGACCAAUUCAGCCGCUUGAUGGGUAGUCUUUGGCCGAUGCUGGUGUUUAGCCUCGUACUGGGAUUGGGAUUGCCGUUUUUGAGUGAGGGUCCGUAUCAAUGGCUGGCUGCAGUCGGCUUGACAUUGGCACUAUGGACGGCAUCUUCCACUGUUUUCGGAUUGCUGGAUCGAGUCAAGCGUCGUCCACAGAAAAUACGCGCGCUGAUGAAUCUGCCUCGCGGUAUCUGGGGGAUGUCGGUCGCCCAUUUCGGAAUUGCAGUGUUCGUUGUUGGAGUAACCAUGGUCAGCACUUAUGAAAAAGAACAAGAUUUGCGCAUGGUGCCUGGCGAUACCUAUGAAUUGGGCGGAGUCACCUUUCUUUUUGAAGGCGUAGUGAAUAAGACGAAGGACAACUACAUUUCUUCUUUCGGUACCGUUAAAGCAAGUCGCGAAGGCAAGCACAUUGCAACCGUGUUUCCCGAAAAACGCACCUACGCGACUCAAACCAACCCUCUGACAGAAGCGGGAAUUCGGCCCGGUUUUAUCCGCGACCUUUAUGUUUCAAUCGGUGAGCCUCUGGACACCAAUGGUGCAUGGAGCUUGAGAAUACAUAUCAAGCCGUUCAUACGCUGGAUUUGGGGUGGUGCAAUUUUGAUGGCAAUUGGUGGAUUCCUAGCCGCAACCGACCAGCGGUUGAGGAGUCCGAGCACAAGACGGGAGCAAAUCGCGGCGACCGCGGAAGUUGCCUCUGAGGCAUGA